GGCGAACACAGGACCGAGCUCCGAAGCGGCAACGUCGCGACUAGUGAGGCCCUACUGAAGGCCUUAGGGAGGUGAAGAACCUUAGGGAGGUGAGGAACCAGCCCCUCCCAACUGCAGGUCUUCAAUCGCGCGCUCCAGGUGUCAGUGCGCUACAAAAUGCUGCCAGAAGAGACUCAAAGCAUCUUAAGAGACUUGAGAUGUUUUUAUAAGGUCCGCUGGCGCGAUAUAAUUACUCGUGAAUUGCUCGUGAAUAUAAUUGAUAUGUAUGCUCCUUGUGAACAUAAAUAAUAUACUUUAAGAUCAUUCAAUCCUUUUUUCUAACAACCCUAAAUUCUAAUCUUGAGUAAAGUUUUCAUUGGUGUCGAAUUUGCAUAGUUUAUAUUAUUAAUGACAAAUCAUGUUUCCUUUUAUAGAAAGCUUAGACUCACUUGCGUUCUGAAACUGAAAUUUUACUUCAUUCAAUAUCCUUAUAUUUUUUGUUUAAUCACGAGUAUUUGUAAAGCAGGAAAAUUAAACAAAGCACCUUUUAUCCAUACAAAUAAAAAAUAAAUGGAACUGUUCCUUCAGUUUGGUCAACAAAUAAACAACGUUAAUUAAAUUGAAUUAAUAGUCAUAUCAAUACGAGGUAAUUAAUCUCUUUAGAAAUCUGAAAUCAUAGAGACAUAAGGAUGAAUGAAAAUGAAAAUAUCUCCUAAACCACUUGAAUUCCAUCAAAACUGAUUUACUUUUACAUAUCAGGAAGUUUCAACGAGAUAUAGUCGUGUAAAAAGAGAUGUGAAUACAUUUGAUAGAUCAGGGUAAAAGGAGCUGCAGUGGCCACUAUUGAGAACAUAGUUCGUAGUUUUCUCUAUUCUAAAUUUAUGUUUAACUCAAUGGAUUAGCAUGCCUCAUACUGAAUAG